AUGGGAGAUGAAGGCAAUGAAAGCCUUGACUUCCUAUCGGUCUUCCUGACUGGCAUCCAGGGGCUAGAGGCCCAACAUAACUGGCUCUCUGUCCCCUUCUUCAUCAUGUACGUUGUGGCCAUCAUGGGCAACAGCUUAAUCAUGGCAGCAGUGUGGGGGGACUCUGCCCUACAUGAGCCCAUGUACCUGCUCCUCUCCAUGUUGGCUGUCAGUGAAGUGGGCGUCUCUGUGUCCACACUGCCCACUGUUAUGGGCAUUCUUUGGUUUGAUGCUCGCAGGGUAGACUUUGAUGGCUGCCUGGCUCAGAUGUUUUUCAUUCACACGUUCUCCGGCAUGGAGUCAGGGGUCCUUUUGGCCAUGAGUUAUGACCGCUUUGUAGCCAUCUACAAUCCACUGUGUUAUACAGCCGUCCUGACCCUGCCCCGCAUCAUCUCCAUGGGUCUAGGCAUUACACUGAAGAGUGUGGCACUCAUGGCUCCGCUUCCCGUCCUAUUGAGGCAACUUCCCUAUUGUCACAUUAACAUUCUCUCCCACUCCUAUUGUCUCCAUUCAGACUUGAUCCAGCUGCCUUGUGCUGAUACUAAGCUCAACAGUAUCCUGGGUUUGGCCAUUGUCCUCGCCACUUUCGGUUUGGAUUCAUUACUCAUUGUGGUGUCCUAUGUGCUGAUUCUCUACACAGUGCUGGGCAUUGCUUCUGGGGAGGGACGGAGGAAGGCACUCAACACAUGUGUGUCACACAUCUGCGCAGUGCUUGUGUACUACGUGCCUAUGAUCGGGGUGUCUGUGAUGCAUCGUGCUGCCAAGCGCGCUUCUCCUUUGGUCCACACAAUCAUGUCUAGCAUCUACCUCUUUGUGCCUCCAGUGCUCAACCCCAUCAUCUACAGCGUUAAGACGAGGCCAGUCCGACAGGGCAUUGUCACCUUGUUCUGCUGCAAGAAGGAAUUGAUCUGA